AUGCGAUGCGCGAGCAAGGCCGCCGAGAGCGCGUCUGCACGUCUCUGUGCGGACGCCGAAGCAGAAACUACAGCAACUGAUGUCCCAUCGGUUGCUGAAUCGACUCAGCCUGUAUCACCUGGUGAUGCAGGCGCUGGUCAUGAAGACACUCGUGUCUUCACAGAGUACGAGCUCGGUGUCUCGUACUCUCCUGAUACGGAUGACGGAUCCGUAUCGACGGCAAUUGAAUCCAAGCCGCCUGCCAAGCGUGGCAUGGACGAUGCUUUGCGUCGCAGCAUCUUCGGUUCAUCUGAUGAGCCAGAUGAACCAUCGCCGAAGCGAAGGCGCUCGAGGUCGCGAGACUCGGGCGCUAAUAGUGGUGUCGUUUCUCCAAUGGACACCACUUCACAGCGAGGUGCCAGUACUUCUGUUGGCACGUCGCAGGAAGAGCGGGACCGCAAUGUGUUGCGUCUCGCUCCCGAGAAGAAGGCAUGGAUGCCUCCUAAAUCUGUCAUGGAUCACUUGUCGGCGACGACGAGUGAUCGUUAUCGAACACGAUUGUUCGAUUCGUCAAGGAUUCAUCACCUUGACCCCAGCGCGAAAGACUAUCGCGCUGAACAUGAGUUCUUCAUCGAUGCUUUCUUCAGACAUCGAUGGUACAGUGGGAAUCACAAACGUGAUUGUCUUUCACUACUUCAGGCGUGGAACGCCUACAUCCAUAAUCUCGAGGAUGUAGGUCGUGACGCUUGGAACGACAAACUUAUCAAAGCUCGUGAUAAGUUUGAAAAGCGAACCCCGACAGGUGCACGCUAUAAGCUGCAUCGUCUGUCAAGGGAGAAAGGAUUACCCUGCCUCUCUUGGGGAGACUCGUGCCCAUGUUGUGUGAACAACUCUGCACGAGCACCUAAGGAGGCUUACCUCCUUACCAGCCCGUGGUGGCGCGUACGUGUCUCUACUGAGAUAACUGCUCUUCAGACCCUUGUUGAUGCCCACCAUCGGGAGCACAAGGCUCUCUGCGAGAUGCUUGAGCGCAAGGGCGUUCUUCAUCGGAAGAAGCAGCGUACUGAUGGUACGGCUUAA